UGAAUGAAUGAGAGAAUGACUGGAGUGGCCCAAGCAGGGACAGAUCAGCAGAGGGCGCAGCGCUGGAGAACGGGAGGCUGGGUUCCUUGGAGCGGCUGUCAAUCAAUGGCAAUCAAAGGCUGCGUGAGGUUCGGGCUGGGAAGCUUGCUCCUCUCUGCUCUCUGGGAACAGCUCCAACCUGCUGAAAUUAACUCCGAGAAAGCCAGGGCAACAUUUCAAUCCUGGAGACCGGGGUAUCACCCUCCACCUAGUUUUGUUCUUAUGCCUUUCCCGACGCCUUGCCCUGAGAUGGUGCUGAAACAUAGUUAUUGGAACCUGUGGAUUGCUUGCCUUGGGAUAAUUUGUUUCCAAGGUUGGGUGGAGUCAUUAGAAGUUACUAUGAGUAGCAAGAGUGUGCAGGUUGCCCGAGGUGAAACAGCCGAACUGCCAUGUACUUUCAUUACAAACGCUGCUCUAAAUCAACUGAACAUCAUCUGGACUGUGACACCUCUCUCAAACGCCAAUCAGCCAGAACAGGUAAUUUUGUACCAGGGCGGCCAGGUAAUUAGUGGAGCCACCCAGUUUAAUUCCCGUGUCGGAUUUGUUGUCACUAUGCCAAGCACAAGUGCCUCCAUCUUCAUUAAUAAUACACAACUGUCAGACACAGGGACAUACCAAUGCUUGGUGAACAAUCUGCCUGACAGAGGAGAGAGGAACAUAGGCAUUCUUGGACUGUCUGUACUAGUGCCACCCGCUAUCCCAUCAUGUAGACUUCAAGGAGUUGUUGAUGCUGGAAAUGAUGUUACGCUCACUUGUAGUUCAAAAGAAGCUAUCCCCAUCCCAGCAUAUUCCUGGGAAAGACUGGAUUCAUUUGAUAAACUACCACCAAUGUCAGUACAGGAUCCAAUGCAGGGGACAUUGAUUCUCCGGAAUAUCAGCACUGCUACAAAUGGAUUGUAUCAGUGUACAGCUUCUAACACAAUUGGAUCUAGUACCUGUGCCAUUGACCUACAGGUUGUUCCUCCACAACUCCAGAAUGUUGGAAUAGUAAUUGGAGCUGUGGUGACAGGUAUCCUGGCUCUCCUCCUCUGCAUCUUUUCUAUUGUUGUCAUUAUGUUCUAUUGGAAGAACAAAAACAAGUAUGAAGAGGAGGAAAUUCCCAAUGAGAUCAGGGAAGAUGACAUCCCACCAUCAUCAUCAUCCACCAAAGGUUUCCAUCCAGCUGGCUCCUCGGAUAAUGUUACCCUCACAUCAGUAAACACAUACAAUGUCCCCUACUGGCAAAACAAGAAGCCCGCCUACGAGUUAAAUCCAUUCAGUCGGUAUAAUGGACAUACGCUCCACUCAAUUACAACAACGUCUAGUCAAUCUCAGAACCGACCAGUGUAUACAAAUGGAAACCACCACACUACACCAAAGGCAAUAGUUGUUGCUUCAAGUUUAUCUCCAUCUUCACAAAACCUAGCAAGGUGCAAUGGCUCACUUGUUCGUAAGACACCUUCACAGCUUACACUCUCCUAUGCUGUUAGCCAUGCAAACCUUCAACGAAUGGGUGGCAUACCAGUCAUGGUACCAGCACAGAACAGGGCAGGAUCUCUUGUAUAGAUACCAUUUAAUUGAUUGACUGAAGACUAUAUGUAUGACCUAAAUUUCAGUUGCAGAUUGAUAUUUUCUCAUGUUUAAAAAAAAAUGUUCUCGCCUGAUCUCUGAUCUAUGGGAGGAAUUGUAUAAAAGCAAAGCCAUUUUCAUGCCUGAGUUUGAUUUAUGUGCAGCUGCAUUUUGUCUUAAAAUUAACACAUUUCUGAAGUCUUAUUUUGCUUUUCAAAAGUCAUUGAUAGACAUUGACAUACUUUAAAUUCAUAGAAAAAAUAUGCAUAUAUUUUCCAAAAGAAACAAGACAGUUGCUUGAAGUUAAAGCUGAGUGAUUUGAGUAUAGUUUUUAAAAACUUUUUGUUGAGAGACUGAAAACAUAUCUGACAUUAACUUACUACCCUAAAGAUGGGGAUUUCUGAAGAAUUUUUACCAAGUGUUUCUGAAAGGUCUGAUUCCAUCCCUCUAUUUAAUGUCCAUAUGCCUGGAACUGCAACUAGAGACAAAAGAAAUGUUUCAAUGAAUGGGCAAUGUUGAAAAUUGAAAAGUCCAGGAAAAUUAAUAAGACUUCCAAAGUUCAUUAAACUUGUAGAUGUAUUAAAAAACCAAAAAUUGAAAAGCAGUUUUGCCAAUCGGACAUGACAUUAGAAGAGUAUAAUUUUCUUUCAAGAGAAUGAUUUGAGCUGAUCUCUAAUCUGAAUGCCUUAGAUGCCAUCGCACAUGGUUUUGCUGAAAUGCUCAUAUGAGAGCAAUUCUACAUGGGUGAUAGUGACAUUAUUUACAGACAGCACGAUUAACUGAGAAAGCUGAGAUGAUUAAAAAUAACAAUGGAAAUACUGAAAGAUGCCUUCAGCCACAAAAAGGGGUUUGUAACUAACUGGACUGAACAGGCUCUUCAUUGCUCUGUGGAACAGUAAACUAAUAUUUUGCAAUGGUUUUGUUUGGAUAACAAAGUUCAAAAGUACUGUUUGUUGGUAAUAGUGAAAAAAGCUAUUUAGAAUGGCAAAAAUUAAUGCUUCAAGGUAUUGUUAAUAUCAAUGGAUAAACAUUUUCAGAAGAAAUACUUGUUUCAUUUACUGUUACGAGAUUAGAUUACAUGUACAUCACAACAGAUAAUUGUGUUGACAUUUGUUGAUAGUUUCUACAGCUUUUACUGCUGUUAUACAUCAUUCGCAUCAGAUAGAGCUCUGUAGCUGGAGUGUUGUUGCUCAGUACACAUUCCAGGUUCCCCCAGUUACAACUGGGCUAUGAUAAACCGGCUAAAGGCUCCUUUUCUGAAUAUAGAGAUAGAGGGAUAAUGUUAGAUACCAUUUUGAGUCCUUGGUUACUGUGGAGGUUUUUUGCUGACAUGGACACUGUUCAGCUAAACGAUGAACCAUUUCUCAAUUGUCUCAGUCCCUUGUAUAAAGCAUUUGGCACUUACUGUACUACAAAAAUAUCUGAGCAUUUUAUUUAAAUCUAAUAGGGGCGGCUUCCAUCUGUUAUGUAAAUA